AUGGCAGACAGACCGCGGAAAUCAGGCAAGGCGGGCGAGACGGCGGCUAAAGCGCAAUCAUCCAACAUCUCCAGCAUAGUAUCGCCACCAGGGUCCAAGACACCGCCGACCAUGCCGAACAAGCGAACAAUGUAUUUUCCAGACAAUUCUGGUAACCGUCGACAAGAAGGAGUGGAACCAGUCGAUCCCAGUGCGUUAGCAAGAGCGCUAAAGGACUAUGAGACUGCGGGCGGGCGGCGGGAGCGAACCCCGGUAUCAAGUCCAUGCCGCAAGCGACAACGGGUGUAUGGCGAUCGGUUCAUCCCCAACCGUGAGGGUCAAGAUCUCCAAGCGACCUACAGUUUACUGCACGAAGAUGGGUGCCCUUCAACCCCUUCAAAAGCCAAGAAACGGGGUCCCCAUUCUGAGUUGCAUUUCCAGAAGACGGAUGAAGCCAAUCGUACGUUUUCUAGGGUUUUGCGCAGUGAGUUGUUUGGAAACACAGUUCCGCAGGCCGACGUGAGCGCCACACCAACCGACCCGUUACACGGCUUCACCAAUGGAAUCAAUGACAAGACUCGAUCGCAUACACCUCCUGCCCAUAUCGCUUCCAACCUACCCCCAGCCAGCAUCACCCCCUCCACCCCUCACAAAAACCUCUUUAACUAUGGAGCCUCCAGGCCUGGAUCUGGACAUCCGACACCUUCAAAAACCCCUCGCAGUCUCCACGGCCCCAACUUAGAUGUUCGAUCGGAACUCUACAGCCUCUCUCCAAUUCGAUAUGACAGCCAGCGUAUCCUUGAAACACCACGCAAGCAGGCACGUUUUGUAAACAAGGUCCCUUUCAAGGUCUUGGACGCACCAGAACUACAAGAUGACUUUUACCUCAAUCUGGUUGACUGGGGCAGCAGCAAUGUCCUCGGUGUGGGGUUGGCCAAUUCUGUUUAUAUGUGGAACUCACAGUCAGGGCGAGUCACCAAGCUGUGCGACCUCAAGGAUGAUACAGUGACCAGUGUGAAUUGGAUUCAACGGGGAACCCAUCUCGCAAUUGGCACGGGCAAAGGUCUGGUUCAGAUUUGGGACGCGGAGCAUUGUCGUCGCCUGCGCACCAUGAUUGGACAUACGAACCGAGUUGGUGCUUUAGCUUGGAAUGACCAUAUUCUCACAUCAGGAUCUAGAGAUCGCUUGAUCUACCAUCGUGAUGUUCGCUCCCCCGACCAGUAUAUCAGGAGGCUUUCUGGACACAAACAGGAAGUGUGUGGGCUGAAGUGGAACACCGAAGACGGUCAACUGGCAUCUGGCGGUAACGACAACAAGUUGAUGGUCUGGGACAAGCUUAACGAAACUCCACUCUUCCGAUUCUCAGACCACAACGCUGCAGUCAAGGCCAUUGCGUGGUCUCCCCACCAACAUCAUCUCCUUGCCUCAGGCGGAGGUACAGCUGAUCGCACCAUCAAAUUCUGGAACACAUCGACCGGGUCCUUGAUCAAAGAGGUUGACACCGGUAGCCAGGUUUGCAACCUCUCCUGGUCCAAAAACUCAGACGAGAUCAUCAGCACACAUGGGUAUAGCCAGAACCAAAUCGUCAUUUGGAAGUAUCCUCGCAUGGAACAGAUUGUGUCCUUGACGGGUCACACCUUCCGUGUUCUCUAUCUCGCCAUGAGCCCUGACGGUCAGACUGUCGUCACAGGAGCCGGCGACGAAACACUGAGAUUCUGGAAAAUCUUCGACAAGCGUGGCGCUCGAGACAACCGCCGCGAAGGCAGUAAGCUUUCCGAAUGGGGCAUCAUUCGUUAG